AUGCCACCGGCUGAAAAGAAACAAUCCCGAGGGAAAUAUACCACCAAAGCCUGCGAGGAGUGUCGUCGUCGGCGAGCAAAGUGCGACGGAAAAAAACCAUCCUGCUCCCGUUGUCUGCAAUGGAGUAUCUCCUGUCAAUACUCCUCGAAUGAGGACGGGAGACGGCCUGCAUCCAAGUCCUACGUUGACUUGCUUCGUCAGCGCAUACAAUUCCUCGAGGACUUCCUGGCCAAACGCGGACUUGAUCCAGACGCGGAAAAGUCACUUGGAGAGGACGCUGCAGAAGUUUCAUAUAUGGAGGCUCUAUGCGAUCAAUUCAAGGGACGUCUUGCGCUAGACGAAUCUCUCAAUUUCGACGCCGAUGGCGAGAUGCGGUUCUUUGGGCCGACGAGUGGCCGUCUCCAGUUCGCUGCUCAAGGUAUCUCGCCAGAGAAAGAUUCGAACGCACGCGUUGAAGCCGAGCCCCUUGCAUCAACGGCAUACGACGCUUUCGUUCCUACAGAGCUGGAAACCCACUUGAUCGAUCUGUACUUCGCCUGGGAGCAACCAUGGUACCAGAUUGUGGACGAGGAGCUCUUCCGCGAGAGCAUGGCAAACAGAGGUCGCUAUUUCACUCCCCUGCUUCUGUACAGCAUUCUCGCCAUGGGGUCACGGUACUCUGACCGCGUCGAAACCCGCACCGACGCAAACGAUCCUAACACAGCUGGUCGAUUCUUUCUCGAACAGGCCAAGACUUUACUGCAUGGGGAAAUGGAACGGCCGAGCCUGACGACUAUCCAGGCAUUAGGCCUUAUCGGGAUGUUUUACAUUGCCACAGGGGCUGAUGCAGCCGGGUGGCUGCACCACGGCAUGGCGAACAGGCUGAGUCUUGACAUGGGACUCAAUCUGGACCCGGCUGCCUUCGAGGGAGCCGUGAGUAUGUCUCCCAAGGAAAUGCAACUCCGACGACAGAUCUACUGGACUCUAUACUGUCACGACAAGCUCUCUGCGAGCUAUACAGGGCGCGUCUGCUCCAUGCUGGACGUCCAAGGAGCCGUCAACCUUCCCAGUCAUGCAGAGCCAUCAUCUCCCCGACAGCAGGCCAUUCUCUCCCUACAGAUAGCCUUAAUCCGCAUCUGCCAAAUCUACGAGAGGAUCUUGAUGUCCUUGUGGGCUCCUAAACCCAGCCUCAACCAACACCAACGACCCACCUUUCUCAAAUCCUGUCUUCUGGACCUAAAAACCUGGCUCUACGAUCUCCCUCCAGCGCUCCGGAUCGACCAGCCAAAUCCUCUUCCGCACGCAUAUACCUUGCACAUGGUCUUCCACACUGCUAGGAUUCUCCUGGCCAAACCAUUCACAGUAAGGCAUCAAUCUGCGUCCAACGAUGCAGAUGCCAACGGAGGAGCACAAACACAAACGCAAGCACAGUCCGUCUCCACCGACUCCGCCCGCGCAAUCUGCACCAUAGCCCAGAAAUACCGCCAGCACUUUGCGAGUUUCCAUCUCAGCCCCAUCACCGCGACGCAUUGCACGCUCUCGGCAGCAACGGUGUUACUUGAGGAUAUCGCUGGCGAGGACAUGCUUCCGUCGCAGAAGAGCCGGCUGGAAGUAUGUGUGGGUGUCCUCGAGGAGUUGGCGGGCUUGUGGCAGCCCGCACGACGUAUCGGGACCAAUCUGCGGCGGUUGCUGAGGACGAGGUAUAACCUGACACUCCCGGGGAGCAGUACAGAGGGCCAGCUGCAGGCGACCGGGGAUGGUCUAUUAGCUCCGUCUACGGGGUUUGAUUUUGUGGAUGAGUGGAACACAGAGUUUCUGCCUCAGUAUGCAGAAGGACUGCCGGCGGCUCUGAGUUUGCCUCCCGCUUUGGACUCGCUACCGGUUGAUUACGGGUUGUUUGAUCUGUUGAAUCGGAUAAAUAUGGAUAGGAUGUGGUAG